GAGGAGGAAGAUCAUCUAGAGUACAUGAUAAGGGGGAGGAAGUGGAAGACGAAGAGGAGGAGGAAGACGAAGAGGAGGAGGAAGACGAAGAGGAGAGAGACGAGGAAGAUGACGAUGAGGAGGAGGAGGAAGAUGAAGAGGAGAAAGACGAGGAAGCUGGCGAUGGGGAGGAGCGAGAUGUCGGGUUACAGGACGAGGAGGAGGAUGAGGAAGAAGGCGCUGGGACGAAGACGAUGCUGGGAACUUCAAGGAAGAGGGAGAAGAUGUCGGCUUAUAGGACGAGGAGGAGCAUGGCGACAAUGACAGGGGGGAGGUGGAGAAAGUAGACUUACCAGCGAUGGCGACUCUUGGCGACGGCGACAGCUGGAUGACGAGGGUACCGCAGCAGCAGGCCUCCACGA